AUGGAUCUAGCGCGCAAGUAUAGUGAUGGGCAAGACAAUGAUCUGAAUCAAGACCUGCUAUUCUAUUCGGCAUUCCCACUUUUGCUAUUUUCGGCUGCUGCAGAAGAUCAGACCUUAAUUGGGCAAGGGGCGUAUGAUGUUCCAAGUCAUGGCUCUUUUGUAUAUUAUGGGCUGCAAGGGCUAAUACCUCUUUUGUUGAAAGAAUUGGAGAAAACAAUGAUCAACUUGGACAAAGAAGCUCAGCUUGCUAUGGAUCUAGCGCCAUGCCAGUUGGCCGAUUACAUGGUCAAUCGUCUACGCAAGAGGAGCGGAGAAUUUAAAGAGUUAGCUGAGAUCUGCUCAAAAAUUUUUGAAUUUUCACCUGCUAUUCCAUAUUGUCCUUGUUAUUUUGAGGCAUUGGUUGGAGACAAAUUCCUUUCCUUGCUGAUGGACUACCACAUUUCACGACCGAGUGUUGAAGAAACUGGGGCUGAGACACAUUCAUUGCUUUACCCGGCUGUCUGCUUGUUCCUGGGCGAUUCGAAGAAGUGCAGUAAGCAAUUGAAAGAAGGAAAGGGCGCUCGUUACAACUGUAGAGAUGCUACAUGGUUUUGGUUGUACGCAAUUGUUCGCUAUGCACACAUGGCCCCAGAUGGUGAAGCAAUUUUAAAAGAAUCUGUUUUGAGAGUGUUUUCUACGGAUGAUGCUGAAUUUAUGGUUGACUCGAGGGUUGAAUCUCUUGCGGAUGCGGUUACUGAGGCUUUGCAACGACACUUCUUGGGCAUUGACUAUCGUGAACGUAAUACUGGCGCCGCCAAUGACGAGUAUAUGAAAGAUGAAGUUUUAACGUUCGAGGAUGGG